UAUCCCAUUCUCGUCACACCUUACCUCCAACAAAUUCUCUUCUGUGCAGCCAUGGCAAUCAUCUAUUUGUUCUGCUGGAUCAUAUGGCAACAAGCUGAUGCUCAGCUGCAUCAGUGGACGGUUCAACGCGGUGGCUCACCAUAUGAUGAUGCUUUUGCCCUCCAGCUGGACUCGUUCGGAAACAUCGUGGUAGCCGGACUUACAAAGAGCUCCUUGGAUGGAAACAGCAAUGCGGGCGGCGCAGACAUCUUGCUGAUGAAGUUCACCGGCGAAGGCAUUCACCAGUGGACGGUCCAACGUGCUGGCACAUCAAGCUCCUUGGAUGGGAACAGCAAUGCGGGCGGGCACGACAUCUUUCUGAUGAAGUUCACCGUCGAAGGGGUUCACCAGUGGACGGUUCAACGCGGUGGCUCAAAUGAUGAUUUUGCUUGGGACCUCCAGCUGGACCCUUCCGGAGAUAUCGUGGUGGCCGGAUUUACAAAGAGCUCCUUGGAUGGAAACAGCAAUGCGGGCAACGAUGACAUGUUUCUGAUGAGGUUCACCGGCGAAGGCGUUCACCAGUGGACUGUCCAACGCGGUGGAUCAGAUUACGAUGUGGUUACAGCCCUCCAGCUGGACUCGUCAGGAAAUAUCGUGGUGGCCGGCUUUACAACGAGCUCCUUGGAUGGAAACACCAAUGCGGGCGGAGCAGACAUCUUGCUGAUGAAGUUCACCGGCGGAGGCAUUCACCAGUGGACCACUCAGCGUGGUGGCUCGGAUGCCGGUGGUGCUCGUGCCCUCCAGCUGGACUCGUCGGGAAAUGCUGUGGUGGUUGGAGACACAUGGAGCUCUUUGGCUGGAAACACCAAUGCGGGCGGCAGAGACAAGGACAUGUUUUUGAUGAAGUUCAACGACGAAGGCAUUCACCAGUGGACGGUUCAAGGCGGUGGCUCAGCACACGAUGAUGCUUUUGCCCUCCAGCUGGACUCGUUCGGACAAAUCGUGGUGGCCGGAUUCACACAGAGCUCCUUGGAUGGAAACAGCAAUGCGGGCGGCGCAGACAUCUUGCUGAUGAAGUUCACCGGCGAAGGCAUUCACCAGUGGACCGUUCAACGUGGUGGAUACUCUGACGAUGUAGCUCAUGCCCUCCAGCUGGACUCGUCCGGAAAUGCCGUUGUGGCCGGACGUACACAGAGCUCGCUGGAUGGAAACAUUCAUUCGGGUAAUCCCCUGACUGUGGCAAGCACUGAUCCUGCACAUGGGGCCUUGGCGGUCCUGCCUGGAUCAGAUUUCUUGUUCACUUUCGACAAGGGGAUAGCGAUUGCUCAGGGCAACUGGAGCAUCACACUUCUCGAGAUUCUGAGGAAUUCAACUGGGCUUGAUGUGUCUUUGAGGAUGAUUGCAGAGAUUGCCCUGGACUCAGCAAGAGUGAAGAUUGCAGGGAAUGUCUUAACGGUCCAGCUGGCUCCAUUCACCAGAAUGGGUUCCACAUAUUCACUGGAUCUACCGGCCUGCGCCAUUAUUGACACCAAUGGGUACUCAUUUCCGGGCUUGUCCGGAGGAGUUUUGUCCUUUAGCACCGCAGUGGACGUGUUCAUCGUGCCUGUCUCUGGGUCCUUUGAUGUCAGCGUGAGAUCUCCGGAAGGAUUUGUCCAGGAGCCGGCUCUACCAAAAAUCCUGGCAGAUGCGCUGGGAGGCCUUUGGGGCGCAGUCGUGCAGGUCGAUUUUCUUGCCGAAAAGGCAUUGGGAUCCGAAGAUGCUGCGCGCACGUCAGACUUUGCAGGGUCGACCGAAAUCAUGGACCGCAUGAACGAAGCCAUCGCAGCAGAGCUUCCGUCCAGGUGGCGGGAGUUCGCCAUUACUGCUGUGAGCGGUGCGAGCGGCGUGAGCGGUGUGUUGGUGGCCAUCGCUGUGGUGGCCUCGCUUCUGGUGUGCGGGCUAGCGUUUGUUGCCUGGUGGUACUGCUGGCGGAGGAGUGCGAGCCAGGUGUCGCCUGAGGAUGCCAACUGUGAUUCCUCAGGGAAGGAGAAGCUGGGGGAAAAACCCUCUUCCCUCCGCGUCGCGGCUGACGCGGAGGAGCCAUCGGCACCUCCGAAGAUCAAAGUCAAGGCUCGGAAAAAGCCUGAAGCCCAGGGCCAGGGUCUUUCUUUGGAGCCGCCCGUGGCCUGGUCGCCGCAGACGAUCUCCCAGGGGUGGAGCGCUGUGCCCGUGGACUCGGACACCUUGGAUCGGGUGAAGCAGCUCUUCGUGGUCACCAUGCCGCAGGAGCUAGGCAAGGGCCGAGAUGCGCAGAAGUAUGGCCGAAGCUACGAGAACCUUGAAGUCACCUGCGCGUGGCGCCUGGAGUACCCAAGCCAGUGGCUGAAGUAUGCGGCCGAGCGGAAUUCGGUCAACAUGAACAUGCAGCAGUUACGCCGCCAGGCGAUUCCUCUCCAAACCUGGACGAGCAAGCUGGAGGAAGCCUCCAAGAACAUGCCGGGGACGCUGUAUGCAGAGGUCGGGGAGCGGUUCCUGCUUCACGGCACGAACCCUGCGCGGAUCCUGGACAUCCUCCACCAAGGCUUCAGCGACAAGCUGGCGAGCCUCAACGGGAUGUUCGGUGCUGGAAGCUACUUCGCCGAAGACCCAGAGAAGAUUGACCAGUACACCACGCCGGAUGCAGGAUUCGAGGUGCCCGGAUUGGAGGAGCUCCACUCGCGCCUCUACCGGGCAGGCGGAAAUGCGCACCCAGGAGAAGACACCUUCUACUGCUUCCUGGUCCGCGCGGUCUGCGGUGCCUGCCAGGUGGUGGAAGGCCUUGACAAGGAGCGGCUCAGGGACGCAAAUACUGGGACAGAGGUGUUUCUGACACCAGAUCGCCGCGAGCUGAGCCGCAUUCCACAAGCCUCACCAGCCCUCUGCUACCAUACCUUGGUGGUGAACGUCGCGAAGCGCAAGGUUCCCACUGGUGUUUUCAGAUUCCGUGAAGUUGUCCUCUUCGAGGGCAAUCGCAUCUACCCAGAGUAUCUCCUGGCCUAUCGCAGGAUCUGA